CACCUUGGCCCAUCCACUGAACAGGAGUUAAGCAGUGAUGAGAGCACAGUACCAACAACAGGUGCAAAAUGCUUUGACCUUGAGGACCCAGCCCCCUGUGACUGCUUCCAAGAAACUUGCCCAGACAACCCCUGCAAGUGUGGCUGACAGCCUUCUCUGCCAUUCACAGAACCCAUUCACAGCCCCGAGUCACAGCUGCACAGGAGACCAUCCUGCUCUGCAGAGAACUCAUCCUCCUUCCAGAACAAGGACCUCCGUCGGAGUCAACUGUAUAACAGUUGUGGAUCUGUUACACACGGAUGAAGUUCACUUCUGACUCAACUACAAAUCUACAGUCCUCAGCAGUUACAGAAAAGACAACCACAAAGCUGCAAAGUCAGUCUGCCUUCCUACAAGUCCACAGUGGGACUUCAGUUAAAAUCAAAGAGGUGUCUGCUGUUUCCUGGAGGGAAAAUUCUCUAAUUAUGUUAUCUCAGAGUAUAGCCACAGGUCAGAAAGUAAGUAAUUGUUGGGUAUGCCAUUUGAUAUCUGAAGACAUCCAGAAAGACUUUGUCCCACUUAUAGUCCCCGUAAUUGAUUUUGGUACUGUGCCAGAACCCAUGACCUACUAUCAUCUUCCUCCUCCAGGCCGCACAUUCAAAGUUAGGUUAAUCAGAUUACAUAAGAAUGCCUCUACCCCUUGUUUCACCUUGUCUGAGAAAAUUUUCAGGGGACCAAGAGUCAGAAUUGGUCCACCGCGGUCUCUUGACUUUCUCCUGAAAAAAUGUGAUGAACAAAACCCCCUGAAAUGUAUGAAUGACAAAUGUGAAAGAGCUAAAAGUGACACUAAUUCAUGCCAGAGAGUCAGAAAAGUUAAAUAUAAUGUAACGAGAAUCUGGAAGGCUUGCACUGGUAGUGAUCCCUGGCUAGAGAACGUACUGUCCGUGCUUCCCCAAAAAGAAAGUAUCAAUUUCACUACCCUGGGAGGUAUAACGUGUGCCCCGGCAGGAUAUUACUUUGUCUGUGGCACAGGAAAUACCCCAAGAAGUGAAGGGAGGGCAUAUCGCUGCUUAGACAGCUGGGAAAUACAAGGGUCCUGCCUACUGGGAUAUGUAAAGAUGCCUUUGUCCUUGUAUAGCCUGGAGAACAUCUCUUUGCUCGCUAAACCAAACACCUAUAAUAAAAGAAUGAUAUUGGCAGUAUAUGAGAAGAAUAUAGGACAAAGCUCUUUUGGCAACCUCACACCAACUGCCAGAGUUUAUGUCAAUAGAGAUACAAUUCAUAACCUAUCUGCCACAAUUGGACAAAUUGCUGAAGACACAGAUAAAAGUACUGUAGCCCAACACAUAUCUUUGAACUCAUUGACUCGAGUGUUCCCGGGCAAUAGAAUAGUCCAUGAUUUCUUAUUAGCAGAACAAGGAGGAGUGUGUGUAAUGGUUAAUAAUACAUGCUGCACAUACAUCAAUACCUCUGGAGAAGUUGAAACCCGAGUAAACAAAAUACUUCAAAAGGCUACCUGGUUAUAGGAUGUACAUAAAAAGGAUGCACAUCAGGACUUAUUUCAGAACACAUCUGAAAUAGGGGGACUUUUUUGAGUACUGUUACAAGGCUCUAUUUGAUCAUCAUCUUCUCUCUAAUGUGUUUCUUAAUUUUCAACUGUUUGUUCAGAUGCUAUGACAAAGUGGUCAAAGAGAGAAAUCAUGUUUUCAUAAUUCAAAGUAUGAUGCUAGACUUGGGACUCAAGAAUUCUUUGAAAAGAAGAUUCAAGACUUUUGCUCCUCUAAUUCUGAAGAAUUAACAUCGCCCCUGUUCAGCAGGAAGUAGCCAGAGCGGUCGUCGCCCCUGUUCCCCUCAGGAUGAGGAGUAUCAAAGUGCAGAGGGACCUGAAAUUGAGCAGGACCCUGCAGGGUCUUCCUGGAUACAAUCUCCUAUUGUCCCCACUUCUUGUUUGUAGAAAAAGAUUGAGAUUUUUAGGUCUUCACAGAGUUCCUAAGAGCAGACUCAAGCAGUUAAUAAUUACAGAAGUGAGGAAAUACAGGAACAAAGGAAAAGCAAUCAAGAAAUAAAUGUUUAGUCAUAAAACAGAGUCACAGGAUUCCUAGAUCCUUUUCAAGGGAUAUAGAUAAUAAACUAAUGCAACAUAUCUUUGAGUUGUUUUUCAGAAACCAGGAUCUCAUGAUGAAACCCAGUGACCACAGCCAAACAAGUUCGAACCAGAAGAACGAUGAUCAAGAUGCCAGACAUCACUUUGUUGAUUAAAACCCCAUCAAUCAGAAUAUUCCAUGAGAUAAUCACACACUUAAGAUCCUUACCCUUAUCUUUAAUAUAAAAAUCUCCUGUCUGAAAGUCACUGGGGAGUUCAGGUCCUUUAAACAUUUACUGCCCAUUCUCCUUGCUUG